AAAUCCAUUCUGUUUGGUGUUGUCGUAUUUCGUUCUUAGAUAUCCCAACCCAACAUAGGCCGAGGAGAGUGUGUUGUGGACUCAGUUUUCCCUUUCCAUUUCCAAAAGCCAAGCUUCAUCAUAUGCGUGCUGUUAUGGUGUCAUACCCAUCCCACUGAAACGCAACGUCGUUUAGCUUCUUUUAUGUUAUCCGCUGAAAAAUGGGGACUCUAACGAGUUGCAGUUUGGUGCCUCUAAACUCCGAGUUCCGGUUCAACCCAGUUCGCAGAAUCUUCACUUUCAGGGACAAAAUUCAGUGCCACCGCAUCAAUUCACACAUAUCCAAAUUAGGGAAGUUGAAGCACGUCGAUUUCGACAGGUUUAGGUGUUUUUCAAUUAACAACAAGGACGGUGUUGAUGGUGAAGGGGAAAGUGGUAACAAUGAUUCUAAAUCCAACGUAACCACCGCGUUACCUGAUGAAGAUAACAGAGCUUUUAAUUCUGCUGAUAAAUCACCAACACCCUCCACUUCUCAAAGGUCGUCAUUGUCAUCACUUGGAUCUGCAUACAACAAUUUUCAAGUUGAUUCUUUCAAACUAAUGGAACUCCUUGGACCUGAGAAGGUUGAUCCUACUGAUGUAAAGCUAAUUAAGGAUAAUCUUUUUGGUUAUUCAACCUUUUGGGUGACCAAAGAGGAGCCUUUUGGGGAACUAGGAGAAGGCAUUCUUUUCAUCGGAAAUUUAAGGGGAAAGAGGGAGGAUGUUUUUUCCAAACUCCAAAAUCGGCUAAUUGAGGUCACAGGUGAUAAGUACAACCUUUUUAUGGUGGAGGAACCAAAUUCAGACAGUCCUGAUCCACGAGGUGGGCCGCGUGUUAGCUUUGGUUUACUGCGGAAGGAGGUUUCUGAACCAGAGCCAACUACACUUUGGCAAUAUGUCAUUGCAUCUUUGUUGUUUCUUCUCACUAUUGGGACCUCAGUGGAGCUAGGAAUUGCAUCUCAGCUCAACAGACUCCCCCCAGAACUUGUGAAAUUCUUGACAGAUCCUAACUAUACUGAAGCCCCAGAUAUGGAGAUGCUAUAUCCGUUUGUUGAGUCAGCAUUACCUCUAGCAUAUGGUGUCUUGGGGGUUCUUCUGUUUCAUGAGGUUGGACACUUUUUGGCUGCAUUUCCCAAACAAGUAAAAUUAAGCAUUCCUUUCUUCAUUCCCCACAUCACACUUGGCAGCUUUGGUGCUAUUACUCAGUUUAAAUCCAUCCUUCCUGAUAGGAGUACACAAGUAGACGUAUCACUUUCGGGUCCCUUUGCGGGUGCUGUGCUAUCAUUUUCAAUGUUUGCGGUUGGUCUUCUCCUUUCAUCUAAUCCAGAUGCAGCUGGAGAUUUGGUGCAAGUUCCUAGCAUGUUGUUCCAAGGUUCCUUGCUUCUUGGUUUAAUCAGUAGAGCAACUCUUGGUUAUGCAGCAAUUCAUGCUGCAACAGUUCCAAUUCACCCUCUUGUGAUUGCAGGAUGGUGUGGCUUAACAAUACAAGCUUUUAAUAUGCUUCCUGUGGGGUGCCUUGAUGGUGGCAGGUCAGUGCAGGGUGCUUUUGGAAAAGGUGCACUAAUGGGGUUUGGUUUGACCACCUAUACAUUGCUAGGGUUGGGAGUGCUUGGUGGACCUCUUUCACUUCCUUGGGGAUUUUAUGUUAUAUUAUCGCAGAGGUCACCGGAGAAACCAUGCUUAAAUGAUGUGACAGAAGUUGGAACAUGGAGAAAGACAUUUGUGGGAGUUGCUAUUUUUCUUGCUGUCUUGACUCUUCUUCCUGUUUGGGAUGAGCUUGCUGAGGAACUAGGCAUAGGUCUUAUAACCACAUUUUAAUUUUAAUGGUUAUGUGUAGACUAAAGCCAUAUUUAUAAUGAGCAGUGAAAUGAAAUAUAUAGGAAAGUCAUUACCAAAGGAAAGGCUAAUUCAAUUUUAUACGACCCCUAGUGAUAAAACUAUUGUUACCAACUUUAUUGGGUGAGAAAUUCCUUAAUAUAUUGUAAAGAAAAUGAACAUUAUGGGCCAUUUAUUUAGAAAGAUUGUAUUUUGUUUAGGGUCA